AUUUAUGGAAAGCUCUGAUAGAAACAUUCUUAUUACCGGUGGACUUGGGUAUAUUGGCUCUCACACAGUUGUUCAUUUUGCUGAAAAUAGGGGUUAUAGCCGGAUUAUAAUCGUUGAUGAUCUCUCAAACUCCUCAAUAGAAGUAUAUGACAAAAUCCACCAAAUAUUGUGAGACACUUCGAUUGAAAUCAUAUUCGAAGAAGUAGAUUGUGCCAACUUCAACCAGAUGGAUGAUAAAGUUUUUAGCAAGUAUGAUAUUCACGAAAUCAUCCAUUUCGCAGGCUCUAAAGAUGUCAAUGAGUCUUUUUCACUUCCUUUAUUGUAUUAUGAAAAUAAUGUUAUGUCAACUAUAAACUUAUUAAAAUUAGUUGAUAAGUAUAAAGGCACAUGUAAAGCCUUCAUUGUGUCUUCCACUGCUGCUGUUUAUUCGGACCAAGAAUUCACUGAAGAGUCAGAAACCGAACCAACUAAUCCUUACUCGAGGUCCAAGUUGAUGAUAGAGCAAAUUUUAAAGGACUACAGUCGUUGUAAUAACAGAAUCUUCUGAAUCUCUUUCAGAUAUUUUAAUCCUGUUGGAGCUCAUCCAAGCGGCAUGAUAGGGGAAAAUCCUGGGAAACCAACCAAUAUUAUGCCUGUACUACAAGAAGUGGCUACUCAGAAGAGAGAUCACAUUGAUAUUUAUGGCGCAGACUAUGAUACUGAGGACGGAACCUGAGAGAGGGACUACAUUCACGUGAUUGAUGUUUCUAAUGCUCAUCUUUGUGCGAUGAAGUACAUUAGUAAUUUAACAACUUUUAAAAAAGACGAAAAUUUCGAAACUAUAAAUAUCUCUACAGGAAAACCUACUAGUGUUCUAGAACUCAUUAGAGUAUUUGAAGAAGCUACUGGGAAGACUCUUCCAUAUAAGAUGUCAGAUAGGAGGGAAGGAGACAAGGCUUUCUCUAAGGGAUCCACUGACAAAGCCAAGAGACUUCUUAAUUUUGAACCUAAGUAUAGUCUGAAGGAAGCUUGUCAGCACUCAUGGAAAUGGAUCAAAGGCCAAUUGGAAGGAUAUUCAAAAAUUGAUAAAGCAGUGAAAAGCUAA